GGUGUGGUGCGCCCUGGGUUCGUGGAGAGCUCGAGUUAAAGGGUGAUCUGCUAGAGAGUGAUCUCUAGGCGAAAAUCAGGAAGAGGAAAUUUACUUGAAUCAAGCAUGAUGGAUCCAUGUUCAGUUGGAGUCCAGCUUCGGACCACAAAUGAGUGCCAUAAAACCUAUUAUACUCGUCAUACAGGUUUCAAGACUUUGCAAGAAUUGUCAUCAAAUGACAUGCUUCUACUUCAACUGAGAACUGGAAUGACACUUUCUGGGAACAAUACAAUUUGCUUCCAUCAUGCAAAAGUUUACAUCGACAGAUUUGAGGAUUUGCAGAAGUCAUGUUGUGACCCAUUUAACAUACACAAAAAACUAGCCAAAAAAAAUUUACAUGUAAUUGAUUUAGAUGAUGCCACUUUUCUGAGUGCAAAAUUUGGAAGACAGCUUGUACCUGGUUGGAAACUUUGUCCAAAAUGUACACAGAUAAUCAAUGGAAGUGUGGAUGUUGAUUCUGAAGACCGGCAGAAAAGAAAACCUGACUCAGAUGGAAGAACUGCUAAAGCUUUGAGGUCAUUACAAUUUGCAAACCCAGGAAAGCAGACUGAAUUUGCUCCAGAAACUGGUAAAAGGGAAAAAAGAAGGCUUACCAAAAAUGCAACAGCUGGUUCAGACAGACAAGUGAUCCCGGCAAAGAGUAAGGUCUACGAUAGCCAGGGUCUCCUGAUUUUCAGUGGAAUGGACCUCUGUGACUGCCUCGAUGAAGACUGCUUAGGCUGUUUCUAUGCUUGUCCUGCCUGCGGUUCUACCAAAUGUGGUGCCGAAUGCCGCUGUGAUCGAAAGUGGCUGUAUGAGCAAAUUGAAAUAGAAGGAGGAGAAAUAAUUCAUAACAAACAUGCUGGAUAAUUUGUGGUGUCUGAUUGUGACCCUUUCUGUAUUUCUAAAGUUCUAUAAUUCUAAGAUACAUGUUAAAGUUUGUUUUGCCAAAUGACACAUAUGUACUCAGUGUGCACUAACACUGCCUUUUGGGUACUUUAAGAAGAAUUAUUUGAUGUAAAUUUAGAUGGACUUUUCUAUUACUCGGCAGUCAGCUCUUCAAGCCUUUCUGGGUCAAUGUAAAAAAGUAAUGUAUAGGCAGUCCUCUUUACAACUCCCAUGUCCAUAAAUUUCCAUGGCACUGAUACAGUUAAAUAAACCAGUUCCUUAACAGCAACACUUCAAAUUUCAGUUACUGUGGUAUGUUAACUGUGAGUAGUUCCAUGAAGUACGAACUUCCUGCUAGCUGUUA